AUGGAAUCCGAACGACUGAAUUGGUUGAGGGAUAAUCAAUCGAAGUUAAGAGUGGGCAAAUAUAAUAAUUUGACCACUCAAACUGAUGGCGAUAGAAGAAAUGAACACCAAAAGCGAGGAAAACGAGUUGUUUUGCCAUCAACAUUUGUUGGUAGCAAGAGAUAUAUGGAUCAACUAUAUUUUGACGGUAUGGCGAUUUCAAGUCGAUUGGGAUUCCCUGAUUUAUUUGUUACAUUUACCUGCAACCCAAAUUGGCCUGAAAUUAAAAGAGCAUUGUCAGGAACAGGCCUACAACCCCAUGAUAGGCCAGAUAUCAUUUCAAAAGUUUUCAAAAUAAAGUUUGAUACACUCAUGGAUUAUAUUACAAAACACCAUGUCGUUGGAAAAGUGAUUGCAUGCUAUGACAGAAUAACAGCAGCAGUUUCAACAAAUAGCAAUCAACCUGUUGAUGAAAUCCAACAAUAUCUCGAUUGCAGGUAUGUCUCUCCUAGUGAAGCAUGCUGGCGCAUUUACUCUUACAAUAUUCAUGGCAGAAAACCAGCUGUGGAACGUAUGUUCUAUCAUUUGGUUGGGGAGAAACCUAUCUACUAUACAGAUUAUGCACGCAUGGAAAAUGUGCUGGAAACUGCAAGUGUGACUGAAUCAAUGUUUACUGCAUGGCUGGUGGCAAAUGCUAAAUAUGAAGAGGCACGAACAUUAACUUAUGGUCAAUUUGUCUCAAAGUUUGUUUAUCACAAAAAACAGAGAGAAUGGAAACCGCGGAAAAAAGGCUUCACCAUUGGACGUCUCAUAUGGGUUCCGCCAACAGCUGGUGAACUGUUUUACCUACGCAUGAUGUUGACGGUGGCAAAAGGACCAACAACUUAUGAGGAAAUCAGGACCGUGGAUAACAUCCAGUUUGAUACAUUCAGAGAUGCAUGCUUUGCAAUGGGAUUUCUUGAAGACGACAAAGAAUACAUAGCUGCUAUAAAGGAGGCAAGUCAUUGGGGGACUGGUCAUUUUCUUCGAAAACUGUUUGUUAUCAUGCUUUUGUCUGGUGCUGUUAAUCGCCCUGCAUAUGUUUGGGAACAAACUUGGCUCCUAUUAUCUGAUGGUGUCUUACAUACACAAAGAGCGUUGGCUGCAAAUCCAGAAUUGGUCCUCACACAAGAAGAGUUACAAAAUUUGACUUUAAUAGAAAUUGAGAAACUGCUACAAGCAAAUAGAAGGACACUAAAGGAUUUUAGUCCUAUUCCAUAUCCGAAUGCUUAUGUUCUUGAACAGUUGGGAAACAAGCUCAUAUAUGAUGAGCGUAAUUAUGAUACAGUGUCAAUGAACUCGGAAUUUGAAAAUCUGUUUGUUGCUCUUAUAGAUGAGCAAAGAGGUAUUUAUGAAAAAAUUAUGCACGCUGUGGAGUCUCAGAAACCCGCCGUUUUCUUCCUUCAUGGUUAUGGUGGUACCGGAAAGACAUAUAUGUGGAGAACACUCGCAGCAGCUUUAAGAUCCAAACACGAUAUAUGUUUAACUGUUGCAACUAGCGGUAUAGCAUCAUUGUUACUUCCAGGAGGUAGAACUGCACAUUCAAAGUUCAGGAUACCAGUACCAACUAUGGACAAUUCUACUUGCAAGGUUGAAUUCAACGAUGAUGUUGCAGACAUGUUACGACAGACAAAGCUUAUAAUAUGGGAUGAGGCACCAAUGGCGCAUAAAUAUGCAAUAGAAUCGCUUGACAGAACUUUGAAAGAUGUUAUGAGUGCAAACAAAAAUUCUACUGAUGUAUUUGGUGGAAAGGUUGUUGUUUUCGGUGGCGAUUUCAGACAGAUUUUACCUGUCGUCCCCAGAGGCAGUCGUUCCAAUAUUGUACACUAUGCCAUAAAUGCAUCUUACAUAUGGCAUUCAGUUGAGGUAUUAACAUUGACAAGAAACAUGCGGCUACAAACAGGAUCAACACAGACUGAUAAAAAUGAGAUAGCACAGUUUUUAGAUUGGCUUUUAAGAAUAGGAGAGGGCCGAAUAUCUGAGCCUAAUGACGGCACCUCCGAAAUCGAGAUACCACCUGAUAUCUUGAUAACAGAAUUCGAUGAUCCAAUUGUGGCCAUUGUCAAUACCACAUACCCUGAUUUCCUAAAUAAUUUCCAAUGUGUUGAUUACCUUAAAAGUCGAGCGAUACUGGCCUCUACACUGGAGAUUGUUGAUCAGAUCAAUGACCAUAUACUUAACUUAAUGCCAGGAGAGAUUCGUGACUACUACAGCGCAAAUUCAGUUGACAAGUCUGAGAUUCAUGACCCAACAGUAGUUGAUAUCCUCACGCCAGAAUUUUUAAGUUCCCUCCGAACAUCAGGUUUGCCAAACCAUCACUUAAAACUAAAGGUUGGGACACCUAUAAUGCUCAUGAGAAAUAUAGAUCAAUCUGAAGGUUUGUGUAACGGCACAAGGCUGUGUAUAACAAAGAUGGCAGCCCAUGUACUCGAGGCUUCAAUAAUGGGCGGUAAAGGUUUGGGAACUUUGGUUUACAUAUCUCGAAUGGACAUGUCACCAUCCCAAUCACCAUGGCCAUUCAAACUGAAUAGGAGACAGUUCCCUAUUAUAGUUUCCUAUUCUAUGACAAUCAACAAAUCACAGGGACAGUCAUUGGAUAAUGUUGGUUUGUACUUACCAAGAGAUGUAUUCACACAUGGCCAGGUUUAUGUCGCAUUGUCAAGAGUAACAACAAAAAAGGGAAUCAAAAUACUGAUACAUGAUGAAGAAAAGAAAUUUAGGGGGAAAACUACAAAUGUUGUGUAUAAAGAGGUUUUUAACAAUGUCUGA